UGGUAGUGUGUUACGUCGUGCCGCCAAGGCACCGUCAACGUCGCGCUGUGGAAAAGUGCUUGGGUUAUCGUGAACUCGCUUCGGCGUUCGUGCCACUCGGUGGAAGGGAGGAGAUGCUCUGCGCCGAGGAACUCUCGCUUAAACUCCCACGGCGAGUCGAUCAUAUGUUUGUGGAGCAUCUCCGGUGCUGCUGAUACCCCGCCCCCCGGAGCUAGCAGGUCAAGUACGCGCAGUCCGACGAAAUCACGGACGGGAACUCUCCGCUCAAACCACGCAACGCCGUCAACAUGAACGUGCCAAUGUUCAACGUCGUCCUCCUCGGCUUCGCCUUCAUGUUCAUCUUCACCUCAUUCCAAACGGGUGGCCUAAUACAGAAAGUAGUUUUAGACAGUAUUCACAAUGAAGACCCCAGCUACACUGGCGAUGGCUACGUCAGCUUGGCUGUUAUUUAUGCUGUUUUCGCCAUCUCCAACUGGUUGGCACCAUCGGUGAUCACCUUUCUCGGCCCCAAGUACACAAUGCUCUUUGGUGCCAUUACAUAUAACAUAUUUGUACUGCAGUUCCUGUUUCCUGUAACAUGGGGUUUAUAUGCUGCUUCCGUAGCCAUUGGCGUGGGAGCUGCUAUGAUAUGGACAGGCCAGGGGAACUUUCUGACAAUCAAUUCCGACAGCACCACCAUGUCCCGGAAUAGUGGCAUUUUCUGGGCCAUGCUGCAGUGCAGUCUCAUCUGGGGCAAUAUAUUCGUCUACUUCCAAUUCCAAGGCCAAGAGCAAAUUGACCGGCAAAGCCGGUUAACCGUCUACGGUGCUUUGACUGGCAUCGGCAUCCUCGGCAUGUUGCUCCUUCUUGUACUCAGGGGUGGUGGAAUUCCUCGGCGCCAGAACAGCCGAAACGAAACGGAAGAGAAAAGUGGCCCCUCGUCGCAGGUUGAGGCCGCACAGCUCAAUGCAGAUUCAGGCUUCCUAGAUGCAAUGGUACAGUCGGUGAAGCUGAUGAGGACGGGCAAGAUGCUGACACUCAGCGUUGCAUUUUUCUACACAGGAUUGGAGCUGUCGUUCUUCAGUGGUGUCUACGGGUCGUGCCUCGGCUUCACGAAAAGUUUUGGCAAGGACUCUUCCAAGUUUCUCGGCAUCAAUGGUCUUCUCAUUGGUGCUGGUGAAAUCACUGGUGGGCUUCUCUUCAGCAUAUUGGGCAAGCAGACAAACAAGGCUGGCAGGGACCCCAUCAUUCUCCUGGGCUACCUCGUGCACAUCACUGCCUUCUUCACCAUUUUCCUAAACCUGCCGGCAAACUCGCCCCUGGGACCCACAUCCGACCCUGCCUACAUCACGAGCAAUCUUACUCUUGCCUUUGUGGGUAGCUUCUUGCUUGGAUUUGGUGACAGCUGUUACAAUACCCAGAUCUAUUCUAUUCUUGGAUUCGUCUACGCGGACAACAGUGCACCGGCAUUCGCCAUCUUCAAGUUCAUUCAGGCGAUCGCCGCUGCUAUCGCCUUCUUUUAUUCCAACUACCUGCUUCUGCCGUACCAGCUGCUAAUCCUGGUGGUGUCGGCAACACUGGGCACGCUUUGUUUCUGGAUCAUAGAGUGGCAGACAUUCGUCGAUUCCCGGUGCCGCAAGGGACACAUCGUCUCCGACAACAGUAGUAGUGCUGACGAGCCCUGGGUGGAGAAGCUGUGACAGGCCCAGCCGGUGCACAUUCCUCGUCCACCUCUGGAAAACCGUCUUCAAGGCGUGCUGCAGAGCACUGCAGCAAUGGGCAGUCUCGAUGAUUAAGGCUGCCAUUGAACCAAUUUCACAUUCUUGGGCGUCAUUGCGUCUAUACUGUCCAUUAGUGCGGCCUGUCUAUCAUCUCCGUACAUACCAUUUUGCGACGCUAUUGAGCUACAUGCAUACACACACAACUGGAGGCAUCCAUUGGCUGCAAUAUUUUUGUGUCAUAGGUAGUGCAAAUCUAGUGCCAUGGACUUUAGAAAACCUUUAAUUCCACGACCAUGUUACUUUUCUUCCAAAGCACUUUCAUGUUAUUAGGUAGGCUGUUAUCGAGUCUACUUUUAAUAUGUUCUUGUUAAGUAAGAGAUCUAUGCAAUUGAUCAGGUGCACUGUUAUAUAACUUUUGUUUAUCUAUCAUGCAGUUGUCACUUGUAGUACAAAGAGAUGAUUGUAUGUACAGUAUAAAGUCUUUUAUACAUUUCCUGCCCAAUAGAGAUGUGUCUAGAAAGAUAUCUGUAAAUAUUAUAUUUUUCUACUCAUUCUCAUAUCAAAAGCACAUUCGUGAAAUAAACAUUACUUUUUUUCCA